UAUGCAAGGAACAAGUCAGCUCUGUGGCAGAAUCGAGGAGAAACGAUCGCUCAUGAUCUAAGAGGCGGAAGAUUCACUGUCUGCAUGACGCUGUGCCUACCGAAGGUCAAGCCCGUCAGUUGCCCUUAGCGAAGACAUGCACAGUCGUGAACACUGGUUCUUUGUUUAAUCGGAAUUAUUUGGAUGUUUCUAUAAGUAAAAUUUAUAUUUCCGGCCGUGGAAGAUAGGCACUGUUCGCAUUGACAACCACAGUAGGGACUAAUUAGGAAUCUUACCAAUGAGUGACUUUCUUUCGGUCAAUGACGGGAACAGUGGUUCAUUUUUCGACUGCUUAAAUGUCGUGAACGAUUCAUUACUUUCUAUAUACUUUUCUCUUUGCUAAAAAUUAGUGUCAUGGCUGUUAAUUCGACUAGUGGACGUCGUAGCUGCCUUGUCGUCUUGCCAAGCUGCAAAGAAGGUGUGUCUGCACAGUCUUUUAUCCAGUGUUUUACUCUGACUCACUCAGCAUUCACCGUUCAACUUGCUACACCUGGAGGAAAGACUCCAGAGUUCAUUAAUCAAGAUGAUCAGAGUCGACGAUGGCUGAAUGAUUUUCGCACAAAACCAUUUGCUGUCCCUUUGAGUUUGGAAAUAAUUGAUCCAAAUCGUUAUACGUCUUUAGUAAUUCCUCAUGCUCCUGGUGCUGCGGUGGACCUUGCAAACAACAAGGAUCUGGGCCAUAUCAUUUUACAGUUCAUCAGAGACAAAAAGUUGAUAUGUGCCAUUGGCCUUGGUGUAGCAGGGUUGUUGUCUGCACAAGUUGAAGAGAAUUCAAGUUGGGGAUUGAAAACAUAUUCAUUAACAGGGUCAUCAGUGUUUGAACUUGCUCGACUGCCAGACUUUGCGGGUUUGGCAGUCAUACCUGAAGAUGCAGUACGUGAUCGUGGGGCAAGCUUUGCGACCAGUGAACCUGAUUGUGUUCAUGUUGUGGUUGACAGACAUUUGGUCACAGGCCAGAAUGAAGCAUCUACACUCACAGCUGUUCAGAACCUGGUUUUGUUAUGCAACCAGAGGCAGGAAAAAUCAAGUAGCAAAUAGGAACAAAGUUCUGAUGGAAGAGGAACCACAUGCUAUGGCUAAAACUUCAGAUUGUGCUAUGUGGUACAUGCCUUUGUACAGUUGGAUUUCAAAUAAAGUAGUGAAUCCACAGCAAGACAACAACGUUUGUAUCUUUCUGUUAAGGCAGGAGAAACACUAAUUAAUGCCUUUACUUUAUGAAGCAAAAUGUGACACUGUAUCUGCUAAAUAAUUUGUAAAGAACAAAUAAGUAACAGAAAUAUCAAUUUUAAUGAUGGCAUUUGAACAAAGUACUAGUGACUUGAAAUUUUGAUACUGGUCCAACAUACUAUCCAUUGGACUGUUCAACACAAAAACAUUGUACUAUAAGAGUAGAUAAGAGCAUGGCUUUUCAUGAAUAUUACAAGAAAAAUUAUGACACCUGUUUUUAUGAGAAUGUGCUGUCUUUGGAUGUUGUGCCAUUUAGUCUGGUAGAUAAUGAUCACUGUUUCACAGGAGCUGACUGUCUUAAUUAUCAGAUUUUAAGUCUCAUCACAAAACUUCUAUUUUUCCAGACAUCAGGGCAAUGUUAGCUUUAGAAUGAAUGGUCAUAUACUACUGUAGAUGCUUCCAUUUGCUCACAAUUUCAAUGAUUUUACAUAAUCCUAUAUACAGACUAACUGUGCCAGCUUCUAUUGCUAGUCAAUUUCCAAGGAAAGCCAUAUCCUGUUGCUUUGCAGCUCUGAACCUAUUCUGCCUGAAAUAGUAAUCAGAAGAGAAAACCGAAAAAUUGAAUGGGGCUUUCUCAGAAGACAAAUCAAGAAAGAUUUAUCUAAAGGUUUUUGAUGAAGUCGAGUCAUUAGACAGAUGUAUACUGCCUACUGAUUAAAGAUUUUAAAAACACACGUCA